AUGAGACCAACUAGGUCGUCGUACAUACUCUACGGCGUUUUAGUGCUAUUGGCAUCCACAGCGGCGUCAACGUCAACAUCAGCCGGAAUCAAUAGCACCGACAUCAAAUAUGGCGGACAAUUACCGUCCGUCAUCCGAAAGAUGAGCGACGAUGAAGGAGAAAAGUUCUAUUUUGACUAUUGGAGUUGGAAUGAUCCGUUCUUGCCAUCCGACUCUUCACAAAGAGAGGUUGUCAACACAUCAGUAACAGGAUUGGUGGAGCCUCAACCGGCAAUUUUACUACAUACCAGCACUGACGCAGACUUGCUGUCGUCCACUGAGGAAGAACGGGAUUACGCUAGAUCUGCCAGAAGGGCUUUAUUCAUGCUCUUGGGACGAGAUUUUCAGUGUCCCACGGUGCAGGACACUGGUCUUGGUGUUGUUGGUUGCUGUCCUGCGGGGGAGACAUGUGGUGAUACUUCGACGACAUUCAUUUCGUCUUCUACAGUUUCUACAGUACCAACUGUACCAACUUCGGUCUCAACUACUUCAUCUUCUACCCACACGACGAUAAGCACUAGCACGACAUCGUCCUCCUCUUCCUCACCCACCUCAACAGAGACUACCAGCACCGUCUCCCCUACAGCCCCAGUACGACCUACAACCAGUUCCCAAACCACCAUAACAAGCAGCGCCACCACCACAUCCAGCACCACAGUCUCGACCUGCCCUACAGGCUUCUACGCCUGCUCCGCCGUCUACGAAGGCGGAUGCUGCCGCACAGGUCGCAAUUGCGACACUACUUCUUGCCCAGCAACGUCAUCCACGACACUCAUCAACACAGACGGUAUCACUAUUGCUGUGCCGACGGGUAGUGCCGCGACGACCGCUACUGAGAGCAGCGGUUCGUGUGCGACUGGCUGGKUUAGUUGUGCUGCUUCAGCGGGCGGCGGGUGUUGUCCUAAUGGGUAUGUCUGUGGUAGUAGUUGCACGGCGUCGAGCUCAGGGACUGCGACGGCUACGGUUGUGAAGGAGCAGCCUGGUGUAGCGGGGAGGUAUGUGGCUGAUGUGUAUUUUAGCGGAGUUAUGGCUGUAUUUGUCACGGUCUGGUCAAUACAGCCCACCAUGUCGUCCUCCGAGAAGCCUCUCCCCUUCGCGUACCAAUUCGCCGCCGGUGCGAUUGCAGGUGUUUCCGAAAUUCUUGUCAUGUACCCAUUGGAUGUCGUGAAGACGAGAAUUCAACUCCAGUCCGGCGCUGGUACCGGCGAGGAAGCUUAUACAAGCAUGUUGGAUUGUUUCCGCAAGAUCGUCCGCAAUGAGGGAGCAUCUCGUUUGUACCGUGGUAUCACCGCCCCUAUCUUGAUGGAGGCUCCGAAGCGUGCCACCAAGUUCGCCGCCAACGACAGCUGGGGUGCCUUCUACCGCAACCUCUUCGGUGUCGAAAAGCCCACUCAGUCCCUGGCUGUUCUGACCGGCGCCACGGCCGGAGCCACAGAGUCCUUCGUUGUUGUCCCCUUUGAGCUCGUCAAGAUUCGUCUCCAGGACAAGGCCCAGGCACACAAAUACAACGGCAUGAUUGACGUCGUCUCCAAGAUUGUCAAGGAAGAAGGUGUCCUCGCCAUGUACAACGGUCUCGAGGCCACGCUCUGGCGCCACAUUCUCUGGAACGCCGGUUACUUCGGUUGCAUCUUCCAAGUCCGCCAACAACUUCCCAAGCCUGAACCGGGCAACAAGAGCCAACAAGUCAUGACUGACAUGAUUGCCGGUGCUAUCGGUGGUACAGCGGGUACCAUCCUCAACACGCCCAUGGACGUCGUCAAAUCGCGUAUUCAGAACAGCCCCAAGGUUGCCGGUUCCGUGCCUAAGUACAACUGGGCCUGGCCCGCUGUUGCGACUGUUGCGCGCGAGGAAGGAUUCAGUGCUUUGUAUAAGGGUUUCCUGCCCAAGGUGCUUCGAUUGGGUCCUGGUGGUGGUAUUCUUUUGGUGGUGUUUACUGGUGUUAUGGACUUUUUCCGUACUCUGCGUGCGGAGUGA